AUGAGGAGCCAGCCUACUCACGAUACGAGAGCGGGCAAAAAGCAAGUUUAUAGGGCAAGCUGCGGGGCAUGUCCCCCCUCCCCUUCCCCGGGCGUCCCUCGCGCGCCCCCCUCCCCCGCGCUCGCUCACACCCCGCGUCGCCUGUGGUGCAGUCCAGUCAGCCGACGUGCGCCUCCGGAGCCACACGCGUCACCGUCCGCUCGCCCCCCGCGCCCCGCAACAAAUACACGCGAUCUUCUUCCCGAUUAUAACCACUACUUG